CCGGGCUCGGGCUGUCGGGGAAGCUGCUGAGCUGUGAUGGUGAUGACGAGGUGAAAAUGGCGGAUCUUUCGAAAUACAAUCCCGGCCCCUGACAUACCAGAGGCGGCGGCAGCGGCGACGUCGCCGCCCGGGCUCCCUCCUCGGCCCCCGGGAACCCUGUAGCGCUCCAGCUUGGGCAAACUGGGAGAGGAAGCGACUGGCCAGAGCUAUCGUGCACAGGGAAAACAAGCACCGCCCGCGCUCGGAAUUGCCCGGGACCUUCUGGAGCCCCCACCUCGGAGCCCGAGGGAGGAGAAAGCGGCAGCCUUUGGAGCGCCUGAUCAACUUUCUAGCAGGAGAACGAUCAUGGAGGUGGUGCCAGCUGAGGUGAAUAGUUUGCUUCCAGAGGAGAUAAUGGACACUGGUAUAACUUUAGUGGAUGAUGAUAGUAUUGAGGCUGUUAUUGUUUCAUCCCCAAUUCCCAUGGAGACAGAACUGGAAGAAAUUGUCAACAUAAAUUCUACUGGUGACUCUACAACCACGCCCAUUUCCACGGAACCAAUCACAGUAUACAGUAACCACACUAACCAAGUUACAGUGAAUACCACAAUUACUAAAGCAGAUUCUAAUACCACAGUGAAACCAGCUUUUCCAAGUGGCCUUCAAAAACUUGGUGCUCAGACUCCUGUGACUAUAUCAGCCAAUCAGAUUAUUUUAAACAAAGUAUCACAGACAUCUGAUCUUAAACUUGGCAAUCAGACCCUUAAACCAGAUGGACAGAAGUUAAUUUUAACAACUUUGGGCAAGUCUGGUUCACCAAUUGUUUUAGCACUACCCCAUAGCCAACUACCCCAGGCUCAGAAAGUUACAACUCAGGCCCAGUCAGGAGAUGCUAAGUUACCACCGCAGCAAAUUAAAGUAGUUACCAUUGGAGGGAGGCCAGAGGUGAAACCUGUCAUUGGUGUCUCAGCAUUGACCCCAGGAAGUCAACUGAUUAAUACUACAACUCAGCCCUCUGUGUUACAGACCCAACAGUUAAAAACAGUACAGAUUGCUAAGAAGCCUCGAACACCAACCUCUGGUCCAGUAAUCACGAAGCUGAUCUUUGCAAAACCAAUUAAUAGUAAAGCAGUUACAGGACAGACAACUCAAGUGUCACCACCAGUCAUUGCAGGUAGGGUUCUUUCACAGUCUACUCCUGGAACUCCAUCAAAGACCAUAACCAUAUCUGAAAGUGGUGUUAUUGGAUCAACUUUAAAUUCUACAACACAGACACCAAAUAAAAUAGCCAUCUCACCUUUGAAAUCGCCAAAUAAGGCAGUGAAAUCAGCUGUGCAGACCAUCACUGUUGGAGGAGUGAGCACACCACAAUUUAAGACAAUUAUUCCUCUGGCAACCGCUCCCAAUGUCCAGCAGAUUCAAGUGCCUGGAAGCAAGUUUCAUUAUGUCCGGCUUGUUACUGCCACGACAGCCAGUAGCUCAACACAACCAGUUAGUCAGAAUCCCAGUACAAACACUCAGCCUCUUCAGCAAGCAAAGCCAGUGGUUGUUAAUACAACCCCAGUGCGGAUGUCGGUUCCAUUUGUCCAAACUCAGGCUGUCAAACAAGUUGUUCCAAAACCAAUCAAUCCAACUUCACAAAUAGUGACUACUAGCCAACCACAGCAACGGCUUAUCAUGCCUGCCACACCACUGCCACAGAUCCAGCCCAACCUCACUAACCUGCCACCGGGCACUGUCCUGGCACCAGCUCCAGGAACAGGAAACGUGGGUUAUGCAGUGCUUCCAGCUCAGUAUGUUACUCAGCUACAGCAGUCUUCAUAUGUGUCUAUAGCAAGCAACUCUAACUUUACUGGAACAUCUGGUAUCCAGACUCAGGCAAGGCUCCCAUUCAAUGGCAUAAUCCCAUCAGAGUCUGCCAGUCGGCCCAGAAAGCCCUGUAAUUGUACAAAAUCGCUGUGUUUGAAAUUAUAUUGUGAUUGCUUUGCAAAUGGUGAAUUUUGCAAUAACUGCAAUUGUACUAAUUGUUAUAACAAUUUGGAACAUGAAAAUGAAAGGCAAAAAGCAAUAAAGGCAUGCCUUGACAGAAAUCCAGAAGCCUUUAAGCCUAAGAUAGGGAAAGGAAAGGAGGGAGAAUCAGAUCGACGUCAUAGCAAAGGAUGUAAUUGCAAGCGAUCAGGAUGUCUUAAAAACUACUGUGAAUGCUAUGAGGCAAAAAUAAUGUGUUCCUCGAUAUGCAAAUGUAUUGGCUGUAAAAAUUUUGAAGAAAGCCCAGAAAGAAAGACAUUGAUGCACUUGGCAGAUGCAGCUGAAGUAAGGGUACAGCAGCAAACAGCAGCAAAGACUAAGUUAUCCUCUCAAAUUUCAGACUUGCUUACUAGGCCAACACCAGCUUUGAAUAGCGGAGGAGGAAAAUUGCCAUUUACAUUUGUAACUAAGGAGGUAGCUGAAGCCACGUGUAAUUGCCUUCUUGCCCAGGCAGAGCAGGCAGACAAGAAAGGAAAAUCAAAGGCAGCAGCUGAACGGAUGAUACUUGAGGAAUUUGGAAGAUGUUUGAUGAGCGUCAUCAACUCUGCAGGAAAAGCAAAAAGUGACCCUUGUGCCAUGAAUUGCUAACUCUUGCACAAAGACUGAUAAAUGGAACUGUAUAUAAUAUUUAAGGUGCAGGGACACUUGAUUUUCUGGAAGUUUAACAAUUACUGUAUUUUAAUUCAGUCCUUGUUUUAAGAGAUCUAAAAUUAUAUUGAAAGAGAAGAAAUUUUAAAUGAGAAAAUUGGUACAUUUUAAAUAUUAGUUAAAUCUGCUUAUGUCCCCUCUAAAUUGAAUUUUUCUUUGUUGUGUUAUAUAGAUUUUUAAUUUGCUUGGGUUUCUUGAGAAUUAGCUGUUCUAACCUUCUGACUAUUGACAAAGAACAUUUAUAAAUUACUAUAAUAUAAUUUAUAAAGUAUGGCGUUGUAUGACUUUGUUCAGUAGAAAAAGCCAAAGCAGCGUUGGUAUUACCCAGUCAUUCUUUGGUACUAGAUCUAGAAUAUAUUCAGAUAGAAUGUCUACAUAAACAAAUUUUUAUGAAACAUAUUCAAAUGACAUUUUGUGUUUAGAAAACCACUAUCUUUCUAUGAAAAAUCAGCUUUUUGGGUGGAUUCUGGAAUAAUAUCCUUUUGUCAUUUUGGGAAUGUCAGAGGGGGAAAGCAAUUCCCAGGCACACUUUUAACAUAAAAAAUUGUUUUUUUUAAAAAAAGAACAUUAUUAUUAAGGGACAGUAAAUAAUUCUCAGAGAAUCGGCAAUGUGUUUCUGUAAUAAGGAAUGGCUAAGAAAUGCUCUGGGAUGUCUCCAUUUUCUUUCGAAGAGGUAGUAUAUAUUUGAAGUGAUAAUAAAUUGUCAAAGUGAUUACUGGGUACUAUUAAAACGAGAGGUAUGUAUGAAUAGACGUAAACAUUAUUAUUAUGUAGCGAUAAUAUAGAACCUCACAUAAUUAUCAAGUAUAAAAUUUGGCUUGGAUAGAGGAAUAAAGAAUAUUGAAGCUGUAAGAGAUGAAUUUAGAAAAUAAUUUUUCAUCUACAGAAACAGUUCUUUGUAGACUUUUGAACUAAGAGGUUUCAAACCAAUGUAAGACUCUUACUUGAUUUACUGAAGUGGGCCUCCUAACAAAGAUUUCAAAAUUGUGGUGGGAUUUCUUUUUAUAAGGGAAGUUUAAUAUGGCAUUAUUUUUAGCCAGUGAUUUUGGUAAGCCGAAUAUAUGAAUAUUUUCAUAUAAUUACCAAAAUAACCUAAAUCAUUUUUCAGUAAUUAAUAAUUCAAAAACUAUGAAUUUAAGGGCCGGCUCGUGACUCACUUGGGAGAGUGUGGUGCUGAUAACACCAAGACCACGGGUUCGGAUCCCUAUAUAGGGAUGGCCGGUUAGCUCACUUGGAAGAGCAUGCUGCUGACAACACCAAGUCAAGGGUUAAGAUCCCCUUACCGGUCAUUUUUUAAAAAAAACCCAAAAACUAUGAAUUUAAGAGCCUGUUGUAAUAGGACUCUAGAUUUUAUGAUAAGAAAAAAAACAUGUUGAAAGUCAGGCCUCUUGUUAGGUACCUUAAUCCUCAGUAAUUAUAAGUAUAUGAUUAUUAUAUUUCCUACAAGGACUCUAUAGUUGUAUGUAUUAAGUGUGUAUAUAUGUUCAUAUGAACAUGCAAGAUAUAGGCAAUAGAAAUUAAGUAAUCCAAAAGAGAAUUCCGUUAUUCAUUAAAGUAUCUUCCUUUUGAAAUUUGGAUUUAUAAAGUCAUAGUGCAGUAACUUUAAAUGUAGAUAGUGCAAACAUUCUUAGCACCUCAAUGUAGUAUGUUUAAUUAAAAUUUGUAUAAAUGUAAAUUAGUGUAAGAGGA